AUGACCGACGUAGACGAAGAUGUGAACAUUGUGGACGAUCUUGACGACAAUGACGCCUUCCAGCCCUCUCACCGGGCAUCCGCUUCCCAUGCACCUCAGCGCACUCUCCCCGUCCGUGCAUCAAGGGCAACACGGAGACAGAGCACUCCUCCUUACGUAGAACCCUCUGAAGGCCGCACAACGAGAUCUACGCACAGAGGUCCAAAGGUCCAGCCGAAGCUCAAGCUCAAGCUCAGCGACAAGGCAGCGGCCCAAGCUCCUGGAAUGUCCUUCCUAGGAGCAUAUGACCGAGAGCUCGACUCUGACGACGAAGACCUCGUAUUUGAGGAGCAGCUCAUCCUCCGCAUGCCGCCUGGAGACGAUUGCGAGAAGCUGAAGAAGAUGGUGCAGACGAGAGAGAUUAGCGAGGAUGUUUGGUUUAAGUUCAAGGACUCACGAAGAGCCGUGUUUCACAUAGGAAAUACCACAUAUCCAGCCAAGCUGGUUGACCUUCCAUGUGUCCUCGAGUCCCAAAAGACCUUAGAUAAUAAGCAAAUGUUCAAAGUAGCUGAUAUAUGCCAGAUGCUCGUUGUUGAGCCGAGGCAGAACGAAGACGGCACACAGAACCGGAGUAGUUUUAACGUUGACGAGUUCAUUUGGCCACAUGGCAUCACUCCUCCCCUCAAACACGUUCGCAAACGCCGUUUCCGGAAGCGUGCAAACCGCCGGACUAUUGAGACCGUAGAACAAGAAGUUGAACGGCUGCUGGAAGCCGACGCCCUUGCGGACGAAGUCAAAUAUGCCAUUCUCGAGAACGUAAACCCAGAUCUCUCCGACUCUGAGUUCAUCGAAUACGGAGAAACCGCACUCGACGCCCCUACACCUGGUGCCUUCGACGCACCAACCCCCGCGACCCCUGCAGAAGGGGAUGACGAUGACGAUGAUAUGCAUAUCGCUGGGGGUGCUCUGAAAGACGACGAUGAAGAGGCAGAGGGUGACAUCGACGAGGAACUUGCCGCCGAGCUCGACUUAGCAUUGGAAGGAGGCGGAGAGGCUGACGACGACGAAGAAGAAGACGAAGAUGACGAUGACGACAGCGAUGACGACGACGACAGCGACGACGACGACGACGAGACGGCACAGAUGCGCAAGCUUCUCAACGAAGAGAUUCGGGAUCUGGAGGCCGCUGUGAACAAGAAGCGUCAUGAGGUCGGGAGCUCGGCCAACCCGCUGAUCAAGCGUCGCUUCGAGGAUGCUCUGAAGAAGCUGCAAGCGGACCUAGACACGAAGAUGGCGCAACGCGACGAGCUGAAAGAGAAAGUCCGGUUGAAGCGGGAAGGUGGGGGUGCAGAGACCGCCGCCAACGGCAACGGGGACGAUGGAGAAGACGACGACGGUGAGGAUGCUCUCUUUGGAGAUGACCCGGACCCUAUGCAAAUCGGCUAG